AUGGCGCUGAUGUGGUGGACAUCGCUCUUCUGCCUCGCGGUCUACGCCUCGGGGGAGGCCCAGUCAGAUGACGCCUGCCUCCUCCAGAGUAGUCCGUUGGAAACGGCCAUCGACCCGGUACCCACAGUCGACCCGAUGGUCGGAUCCGGACCCGACCCGAUGGUCGGAUCCGACGAGUCCGACGAGAUGGCAGGUGACGAGAAGCCAGGGGAUGAAAAGAUCGAUCACGAGAAGAACUGGGGCAUUUUCGAAAUGGUCUCUUACAGCGUGAAGAAGUCCUGGGAUUGGUGGAGCGACAGUGACGUCUAUGCAGAGAUUACCGUGCAGCCCACAGGACGCACUUACAAGACGGAGGUGUUCCGCGACGCGAACUCGGGAGCGUUCAACUUCGCCAUCUUUACCCCCCCUGCCAUGGAAACGCUUGAGAUCAGGCUCUUCAACCACAACCGCGUGACGCGCCAUGAUCUGAUCGGCACCGGCAUGUUCUAUCCCCGAGCCGAGCCGAGGCCUAUCUUACUCAAUACGGCUCCUGCCUGCAAUGGCAUAAUGCCCUUGACGGCGAACUUUCGACGGGCCUGGAGCAGUUCCGACAAGCGGUACCUCUACAUCUUCGGAGGUUUCGAUGGCUCCAGCUGCUUCGACGACCUUUACGUGCUAGACCUCGAAACGAGGCUCUGGCGGCGCAUAGAGGCCGGCGGAGACCGACCGACCGGUCGUGCCUCACACUCGGCGGUGACAGACGAGUUGGCUGGCGUGAUGUUCAUUUUCGGUGGGUCGGGCUCCCACUUCGGUUACACCAACAAGCGGGACCUUUGCGAGUUCUGCUUCGAAACCGAGUGCUGGAGACUGUUAUCUAACCCAGCGGAGGACACGCCUUCGGCGCGGUACGGCCAAAGUAUGGUUGCCUAUCAGCAAGGCCUCUAUGUCUGGGGUGGAACGCAUGGGACGAACUAUCCGACGGACAUGUACAGGUUCGACCUUUGCACGAAGCAGUGGGAGUACCUCAUUACCACGGGGGACCUCCCUUGUGGUAGGUAUCGCCACCAGGCCAUGGUCAAGGACGACUUGAUGUACAUUGUGGGCGGGUCAGGCAUCAACCGGUACGGUGACGUCUUCACCUUCCACUUUGGAACAAAUGUCUGGCGGAAAGUGCUGUGCAGCGGCACCGAUCUCUCUGACGGCCGCUACGCACACUCGGCUGUGUUGAGGGACGGCUACAUCUACCUCUAUGGUGGCAACGACACCGUCCGUCACGAUGAUCUCCUUCAGCUUGACCUCGAGACGAAGGUGUGGAGUCGCGUCGUGGUGCAUGGCAAAGACUGCCCACCCGGCCGAGACUUCCACGCCGCGGUCCUGCGGAAGGACUCCAUGGUGGUCUUCGGAGGCUCCAACGGCAUGAGGCGUCACAACGACGUCUUUGAGUUUCACAUGGCGCCCAAGAUUCCGCCUUGCUCCCUGAGUGCUGACCUUGAGGCAGAUAUCUCUCGUUGGUCCCAGUUUUCCACGUUGCUUCAUCGCCUCCACAGCCCUUGCCCGCCCUUCGAGGUCAACAUGUUGGAUGCACAAGCGUGGCAGCAUGUGCUAAAGGUCUGGAGUUAUACGCUGCCCUGCGGUGUUGCCGGCUGCCUUAAGCAUCGGUCCGUCGUGGGUCUGAGCUACAGCAUUCAAGCCGAGCUGGAAGAGAGUUUGCUGGACGGCACUGAUCUCUCAGGCCUGUCCCUGGAUUUGCGUAAGGCCUUCAAUUUCCUGCCCAGGUGCCCCAUUGCUCAGGCCAUGAUUUUCCUUGGCGUGCCUGCCACUGUCUGCCAAACCUGGCGGGAUUGUCUCAGCAAAGUCCAAAGACAUUUUGAGAUUGAUGGUAGCCUCAGCGCUGGCCUUCCUUCCACAACUGGCGCGCCGGAGGGCGACCCGGUUUCCGUGCUUGCCAUGCUGGGCAUCUGCUUUGUCUUCGUGUCAGCCCUGAGCGGUCUCGUGCAAGCCCGCACCUACAUGGACAAUUGGACCUGGUCCACAGACAUGCCCGAUUGUCACGGCCCGGCUUUGUUGGUCCUACAGGACCUCACAGAAGGUUUGAGAUUAGAAGUGGAUUGGGGGAAAACCUACGUCUGGGGCACCCAACCUGUCUCCAGAACUUGGUGGCGUGACAUUGGCCCCACCUUCCUCCCUGACGGGCUCCGCUUACCAGUGGUGUCACAUGUGCGGGAGCUGGGCUCCUUCUUGCAGUUUAGCCGGAAGCCCGUUCGCACCGGAUUCACCGACCGCACAGAAGAUGCCAUUGCCCGACUCGGAAAGCUGGCCAAGGAUCCGCAAAGCCUCAAAGUUAAAGCCAGGGUUCUCCAGGGCGGCAUCUGGCCUUUCCUCUUCUUUGGGACGGAGGGGCUUAGCCCUUGCCUCACCUCCAUGCAGAAGCUCAGAGGCCACGCUGCCCGAGCGCUUGUGGGUAACCAUCAUACUGUGUCCCCUCACGCUGCCCUGUACUUGUCCCCAGGAGCCACUGAUCCUGAAGUCUACCUCUUGGGCCAUCACCUACGGCAACUCCGCAGGAUGGCGGACCUGUUCCCGUCCCUUGCAAGACAAGUGUGGCAUCGUUUGAUCACGUUGAACACCUCCCAGCGCUCCGUCUGCGGCCCUGCUGGCGCCCUGCAGAUCUUGCUGCACCGCAACAAUUGGGUACCGAAAACGGACGGUUGGUGUAAGGGCCCCCUGCAUUGCGCCUUUCAUGUCUUUCGCACGCCUCCACAGCAGAUCCAAAAGGCCGUCCAACAGGCGUGGGCAGAUGAAGUCCAGAACCAGGUUCUGCAUAGAGCCGGUUUGCAGCGAGCACCAGCCCCGGACGCCAUCACCACACACAAAGCCCUUAGGACCUUUAAGCCCUGGGAGCAGAAGAUCCUGCUUCGACAUGUCGCCGGUGGCUUUAUGUCAGGAGCUGAGAAAGCUUCAUGGUCACGGGAGGACCACGAGCAUUGCCCAUUGUGUGGUCAGCAGGAUACAAAGGCACAUAGGGUCUUCGAGUGUCAGCCACUGGAUGCGGCUCGCCAGGAGCAUCAGACCGUGCUCCAGCAGGUACAGGGCUCUUGCCCCUAUUGGACACAUAUGACAUUUGCUCCGCUACCAAGUGAGGCUCCCCUCUUGCAGCUCAUACUGCAAGGGUUGAAGUUGCCGCCCCUGGCGUCGCCAGCAGCGGCAGCAUCGCAGCUUUGUCUUUUUACGGGCGGCAGUGCUCAGUACAACAACACUGCCCAGGCCAGAGUCGCCACAUGGGCAGUGAUUCGGGCAGAUCCUGAGUGGAAACAGGAGAUUGCAAAUGGUGUGCCAGGAGCUCAGACAGCUGGCUUUCAGAUCCUUGCACAGGGUUGUGUUCCUGGUGAACAGUCGGUGCCUCGCGCCGAACUUUCAGCGAUAAUCUGGGCUGCAGCAUGGGCAAGCCAGACCCCGUGUGCCGUGGACAUUUAUGCAGAUUGCCAGCCUGCCAUAGAUGCAUGGGAAGAGUGGCAUCGAGAAGGUUUCCCAGCUGUGCGACAUAGAGCUUUCGCUGAUCUGUUUCAUGAGGUGAGCCCCGCCCGACCAUGUACUCUGCACAAAGUCAAGGCGCAUCGCACAGCUCAGGAAGUACAGCAGAUGUCUACUGAGGACCGUUGGGCCACCUAUGGUAACGAGGCGGCAGAUUCGGCAGCAAAGGCCGCUUUUGCCUCCUUGCCCGACUACAUCAAGGAUACUGCGCAACAGGUUGCCUCCCACUGUGAUCAUCACCAGGGCCUGCUCCGCUCUUUCUGCCGAGCCUUGGUCGACAUUGGUGUGUUGGAUAUCAAGUUGAGAGGCGAGGCCAAAAAAGUACAGUUACCUACACCGACGGAUGCCUCAGACCAGCUGCAGCAUCUUCUGGAACGUUACGGCAGGUGGCAGGUGCCAUCUGGCACUUGCCAGCUACCGGAUGUGUUGGAAUUAGACUGGGCCGGAUGGAGCUUUGGCCAACAAUUUGGCGAGAACUUGCUCGACUGGAUGCGCGUGCUUGUUUGGCCCACUUUGCCAGUGCCAGUGAGCCAAGACGGCCAAGUGUCUUUCCUGGAGUUAUUGUUUCAUUUUGUUUGGACCACGCGCGCCCCGCCUCUGGUCCAACACAGAAGACAGAACGACCUGGUGUACAUACCGCUGCCUCAGGCCCUGGAUGCCUUGCUACCGUGCGGGAUUCCACAGUUGGUGACCAUCUUCAAAGCUGCUCUCAAGCAACUGGGCCAGCGCUACAAUUUUCGGCCUUGGCCGGGGUUGGAAGUCAAGGCGGUCCCGCAUCUUCGCUGGCUGGGAGUUACGUUUGCUUCACCAGGUCUCUCCAUGCGGCCAACAAUGCCAGGGAACUGGCUAUCAGACUUUCAGUGGAUGUGUCAAGGCGACAUGGCACAUAGGAUCGGCUCUUUUUGCGACGCCUAA